GGACCAAAAAAAAAAAAGAGAGAAUAAUGCUUUCAUUUGGUCCUCACUUUGAAUUCAAUGAUUUUACUAUUUCCCUAACCUUCUUUUCUUUCCCUUUGUGUGGCAUCUCAGAAUCAUUCUUCAGCAUCUCUCCCAUAUUCCCUCUUUCUCUGUCCUUUUUCUAGGGUUUCCAGACACACACAUACAUCGCACUACUGCAAUUUCCACCUUUUUCAACUAUGUCUUCUUCACUCGUCGAGAUCCAACACGAUCUUCACGAUCUUUCUAUCAAAGAUCUGAGUGAAAAUGGGUGUGAAGAACAAGAGAAUCACUCUUUGGGAUUUGGAAAUCAUGGGGCAACAUGUGCCAUAUGUUUAGAUAAUAUAGCACUGCAAGAAACUGCUCUUGUAAAAGGUUGCGAGCAUGCUUAUUGUGUAACGUGCAUCCUUCGCUGGGCCACAUACAGUCAGAAAGUUACAUGCCCUCAGUGCAAACUUCCAUUUGAGUUCCUUACUGUCCAUCGCACACUUGAUGGAAGCAUUCAGGAUUACAUGGUGGAAGAAAGCGUUUGCCUGCUACUUCGGGCUAAGUGGUUCACGCCUUUAACUGUUGUUGAAGAGCGUGUGAUUGACGAAGAUAUCUAUUUUGAGGAAAUAGAAGAAGAUUACUAUUUUCAAUAUGAAGAAGCCGAUGAUGAUCUAGAUGACGAAGUUUACUAUGGUGGUUCAGCAAGUGUCCGGAUUGGCAACCGUAGAUGGGGAGACAACGGUUAUGUAAGGGCUGGGCGUCAAGAAGCUCGGCCGGUCCAUCGACCAAGCUUCCAGGAUUCAGGAGCAAGCUCAUCACGCGAGCCAAAGAAAAAAGAGCAAGAGGAGUCAAAACGUAUGACAGGGAGACGGGCGAAGAGGGCACUGAAAAGGGAAGCUGCUGAUAAAGCAGCCGAAGCAAAACAUCAGCAGCAUUUGGCUAGGUUUGGUAGGAAGUGAUUCUAAUUUAAUUACGUCAACCGAAGCCAAGCCUCCUUCCCUCGAAGUUACAUAUUUUUUCUUUUUCCUCAUUUAAAUAUUUUUUUCUUGUACAGUUUCUGUGCUCUGUGAAGCAUGUGGGGGAAGCUGUUUUAGAAUAAUGGCUUUAGUUGGAUGAAUCCUUAACUCACUGUAUCAUUGAACAAAUUUAGGGUUUAAAUAAGUUGUCAAUGCAUCUCCAAGUUGUAAAUAAUUUCCUUGUGAUGAUGAUGAUCCUGUACCUCAAUGAUGUUGAUGUCUGCUAUUUUUUCAAAGCAAAGCAUUUCAAAUUGAUGAAUGAAAUAAAGAAAACUCCAAUUGUGGAGAGUUACCAAAGAAA